AUGACCAUCCAAACGCUCGCCAUCGCCGUGGUCACGGUUGUUUACUUUCUCAUCCGUUAUCUCAAUCGCACCGACAUCCCCAAGAUCAAGGGCAUCCCGGAGAUCCCCGGCGUACCCAUCUUCGGAAACUUGUUACAACUCGGAGACCAGCAUGCAACAGUCGCGGGCAAAUGGGCGAAGAAGUUCGGCCCGGUUUUCCAAGUACGCAUGGGCAACAAGCGCAUUGUGUUCGCCAACAGCUUCGACUCGGUGCGCCAGCUGUGGAUCAAAGACCAGUCAGCGCUGAUCUCUCGCCCCACCUUCCACACCUUUCACAGCGUCGUUUCGACCUCGCAGGGAUUCACCAUCGGCACCUCUCCGUGGGAUGAGUCCUGUAAGCGGCGCCGCAAGGCCGCAGCCACGGCGCUGAAUCGCCCCGCGGUGCAAUCCUAUAUGCCCAUCGUCGAUCUUGAAGCCAACUCCAGCAUCAAGGAAUUGUACAAGAACAGCAAGAAUGGUACCGUGGACAUCAAUCCCACUGUAUAUUUCCAGCGGUUUGCACUCAACACUAGUUUGACCCUUAAUUAUGGGUUCCGCAUUGAGGGUAACGUGGAUGACGAACUCCUUAAUGAAAUCUGCGAUGUUGAGCGUGGAGUGUCAAACUUCCGUAGUACUUCAAACAACUGGCAGGAUUACGUUCCAUUGCUGCGCAUCUUACCCAAGAUGAAUAACGAUGCACAGAAGUUCCGGGCCCGACGUGACAAGUACUUGACCUUCCUACUGGAUAUGCUGAAGGAUCGCAUCUCCAAGGGUACCGACAAGCCCUGCAUCACUGGAAACAUUCUGAAAGACCCCGAAGCUAAGCUGAAUGACGAUGAGAUUAAAUCGAUCUGCUUGACCAUGGUAUCUGCUGGUCUUGAUACCGUUCCGGGUAAUUUGAUCAUGGGAAUCGCUUAUCUCGCCUCCGAGGAUGGUCAACGGAUCCAGAAGAAGGCAUAUGAGGAGAUCAUGGAGGUUUACCCUAAUGGGGAGGCUUGGGAGAAAUGCCUGGUCGAGGAAAAGGUGCCUUACGUGACCGCCUUGGUCAAGGAGAUCUUGCGAUUCUGGACCGUGAUCCCUAUCUGCCUGCCCCGAGAGAGCACCAAGGAGAUUGAAUGGAAUGGUGCGAAGAUCCCGGCUGGUACAACAUUCUUUAUGAAUGCCUGGGCUGCCGACUAUGACGAGGACCAUUUCAAGCAGGCGGAUAAAUUUAUCCCUGAGCGCUACCUUGAGCUCAACGAGGGCUCUGGAACCCCUCAUUAUGGUUAUGGAGCGGGAUCUCGAAUGUGUGCUGGCUCCCAUCUCGCAAACCGGGAGCUGUAUACCGCAUUCAUCCGUCUGAUUACCGCGUUCACAAUGCACCCAUCCAAGAAGCAGGAGGACCGACCGAUCCUGAAUGCAAUUGAGUGUAAUGCUAUUCCUACAGCGCUCACCACCGAUCCGAAGCCGUUCAAGGUGGGGUUUACCGCCCGGGAUCCUGAGAUGCUGGCGCAGUGGAUUGCGGAGAGUGACGAGAGAACCAAGGACUUGUGAGAAAUGUCUCUAUCAACGGCGCAAGAACGAG